CUGGAGCCGCGGAACUCCGAGCUUGAAACUUUGCAGGCAUCUCGGCCUGGAGUCGGUGACGGCGCCGGCUCAGACCCGCAGGUGCAGGAGGAAGAGGCGGCGCCGGAUACCCGCGGCCGGCGAGCCUCAGCAGCUUCUCUGCUCGGAGCUGGCCUGAAGCCGCUGGGCACCCCGGGCUUUUGCUGCUGCGUCCGCCGCCGCCGGGCUCCGAGAGGAGACGCCGCCGGCGCGGGGGAAGGAGAAGCAGGAGGAGGAAGAGAAGGAGGAGGAGGGGAGAGGAGGAGCAGGGGGUGGAGGAUGGAGCCCCGGGCUGCGGUGGCGGCUGGAGAGCCCGAGCCGGCGCCGUCCUCCUCCUCCUCCUCCUCCUUCCAGGCCCGGCUCUGGAAGAACCUGCAGCUGGGAGUGGGCAAGGGCAAGGGCGGGGGCGGGCGCACGGGGGGCUCCGAGCGCCGCACUGCGGACACCCCGUCGGCCUCCCCGCCGCCCCCAGGGCGCACGCGGGACGUGCUGGCCGGUGUGGGCAGCAGGUGGAGCGGUUUUAAGAAACGGAAGCAGGUGCUGGAUCGGGUCUUCUCCUCCUCCCAGCCCAACCUGUGCUGCUCCUCGCCCGAGCCCCUGGAGCCCGGAGGCGCAGGCAGAGCGGAGCAGGGCUCCACGCUGCGCCGCCGACUCCGCGAACAUUUGCUGCCCGCCGGAAAGGGGCCCUCGGCGGGCGCCGGAGCAUCCCGAGUGACGCCUCCUGGUGGACGCUCCCCGGACUCGGCUCUCUCCUCUUCAUCCGCCUCAUCCUCCCUGUCCUCCUCGCCCCAGCCACCCCCGAGGGGCGACCGCGCCUGCGACCAAGAUGCCCGGCGUCGGGACUCCGGGGCGCACUUGUGCCAUCAGAAGAGCUCAUCUCUGCCGGGCACCGCCUGUCUGGAGCAGCUGCUGGAACCGCCGCCACCGCAGCCCUUAGAGUCAGCGCCGAGCCCUGCAGAGCCCGGGACCCCGGAGAAGGGCGAGGAACUGGGCAGCAGUCAGAAGAUCAAUACUGCUGGAACCAGUAAUGCAGAUGUCUCUACAGCUGAUCCAGGAAUGUACCAGUUGGACAUUACAUUAAGAAGGGGUCAAAGUUUAGCUGCCCGAGAUCGAGGAGGGACAAGUGAUCCAUACGUGAAGUUUAAAAUUGGAGGAAAAGAAGUUUUUAGAAGUAAAAUAAUACACAAGAACCUCAAUCCUGUGUGGGAAGAAAAAGCUUGCCUGCUUGUAGAUCACCUUAGGGAGCCACUUUACGUAAAGGUAUUUGAUUAUGAUUUUGGACUACAAGAUGACUUCAUGGGCUCAGCCUUUCUGGAUCUCACACAGCUGGAAUUAAACAGGCCCACUGAUGUGACCCUGUCUCUGAAGGACCCUCAUUAUCCUGAUCAUGAUCUUGGAAUCAUUUUGCUCUCAGUGGUUCUUACCCCGAAAGAAGGAGAAUCCAGAGAUGUGACAAUGCUAAUGAGGAAGAGUUGGAAAAGAUCAAGUAAGGAGCUCUCAGAAAAUGAAGUGAUUGGAUCUUAUUUCUCUGUGAAGUCUUUCUUUUGGAGGACACGUGGCAGGCCUGCAUCCCGAGUCUUGGGCUUCUGCAGAGCAGAGCUUCCGUGCACACAAUUUCAGACCCAAAGUUUACGUCUGUCAGACCUACACAGAAAAUCGCACCUGUGGAGAGGGAUCGUCAGCAUCACCUUGAUUGAGGGGCGAGACCUGAAGGCCAUGGACUCCAACGGGCUGAGCGAUCCUUAUGUCAAGUUCCGUCUUGGACAUCAAAAGUACAAGAGCAAGAUUAUGCCAAAAACUUUGAAUCCUCAGUGGAGAGAACAAUUUGAUUUUCAUCUCUAUGAGGAGAGAGGAGGAAUCAUUGAUAUCACAGCCUGGGACAAGGAUGCUGGAAAAAGGGACGAUUUCAUUGGCAGGUGCCAGGUUGACCUGUCGGCCCUCAGCAGGGAACAGACGCACAAGUUGGAACUGCAGCUGGAGGAGGGCGAGGGCCACCUCGUGCUGUUGGUCACCCUGACAGCCUCGGCCACCGUCAGUAUCUCUGACCUCUCCGUCAACUCCGUGGAGGACCAGAAGGAACGGGAGGAGAUAUUAAAGAGAUACAGCCCCCUGCGGAUAUUUCACAACCUCAAAGAUGUGGGAUUUCUCCAGGUAAAAGUCAUCAGAGCAGAAGGAUUGAUGGCCGCUGAUGUCACAGGUAAAAGUGACCCAUUUUGUGUGGUGGAGCUGAAUAACGACAGGCUGCUGACACAUACUGUCUACAAGAAUCUCAAUCCCGAGUGGAACAAAGUCUUCACAUUCAAUAUUAAAGAUAUCCAUUCCGUUCUUGAAGUGACAGUUUAUGAUGAAGAUCGGGACCGAAGUGCCGACUUUCUGGGCAAAGUUGCUAUCCCGUUGCUCUGUAUUCAAAAUGGUGAACAGAAAGCCUACGUCUUGAAAAACAAGCAGCUGACAGGGCCAACAAAAGGGGUCAUCUAUCUUGAAAUAGAUGUGAUUUUUAAUGCUGUGAAAGCCAGUUUACGGACAUUAAUACCCAAAGAACAGAAGUACAUUGAAGAGGAAAACAGACUCUCUAAACAGCUCCUACUAAGAAACUUUAUCAGAAUGAAACGCUGUGUCAUGGUGCUUGUGAAUGCCGCGUACUACGUGAAUAGUUGCUUUGACUGGGAUUCACCCCCGAGGAGUCUCGCUGCUUUUGUGCUCUUUCUGUUUGUUGUUUGGAACUUUGAGCUCUACAUGAUACCAUUGGUCUUGUUGUUACUACUAACGUGGAAUUACUUCUUGAUAAUAUCAGGAAAAGAUAACAGGCAACGGGACACGGUAGUGGAGGACAUGCUGGAGGACGAGGAAGAAGAUGAUGACAAAGAUGACAAGGACAGUGAAAAAAAGGGAUUCAUCAAUAAAAUCUAUGCCAUCCAGGAGGUGUGCGUCAGCGUCCAGAACAUCCUAGAUGAAGUGGCUUCCUUUGGCGAAAGGAUCAAGAAUACUUUCAACUGGACUGUCCCAUUCUUAAGCUGGCUGGCCAUUGUGGCCUUGUGUGUGUUCACGCUCAUCCUGUACUUCAUUCCACUGAGAUACAUUGUCCUUGUCUGGGGCAUCAAUAAAUUUACAAAAAAGCUUCGGAGUCCAUAUGCAAUUGAUAACAACGAACUACUUGAUUUCCUUUCCAGAGUCCCUUCAGAUGUACAAGUGGUGCAAUACCAAGAACUGAAACCAGAUCCUUCUCAUAGCCCAUGUAAAAGGAAGAAAAACACUCUUGGCUAGCCAGCUCCCAGCCCGAGGAGCACGGCAUCUGUCUGGGAAGACGAAAAACCUUCAGCCUCAACAGCAUUGCCUUUAUUUAUUUUGUCUUUUUAUCACGAUUGAGGGAAUUUGUAAAUAGUGCACAAAGGCAUAUGUCUUUGAAAAUAUAUUUCCAUUGUACAGAUUCGAUAAAGGUUGAGCUACGGCUGUGUGAAAGCUUUGUUAGCUGUGGACAGUAAAACACACUGCAAAAACUAAUUUAAGAAUCUUGGCACUGAAGGUGCACACUUGUUUAAUUGCAAGUGGAAGAACUAAAAUAUGAGAUGAAAUGCUCAAGUGUGUUCUAACUAAAAAAAAAAUGUUGAUUUUAAAUGUGAUUAUUUUUUACCUGAAAGGUAGCCCACUGCAGCUUCGUAUGUUUUAUAUAUUUCAAAAGCGGCGGGGGGAAAUCCUAAAGCCUGAAAAAUGAAAUGGAUGUAUUUCAAUGCAGUGUGAUUUUUUUGAUUUUAGAUACUGGUAUCUACUCAUGUGUGAACUACAUAGGUCUGACAAGGCUGAAUUCAGCUAAUGCUUGAAGGUACACUCACCCACCUGAAGAGAAUUUUCAACUCUGAAAUCCUACAGGAAGCUUUCAAAUCUUCCAGCAUUCCGUCUAAAAAAAAAAAAAAAAAUGCCUACAGGACCAUCCAACCAAAAUACUGCCAGGUUUAUAGUGAUUGCCUAUGUGAAUUUUUGUAACUAUGACUUACUUUAAUUCAUACCAACUUAGCAAAUUA